AUGUCACCACCAAUACCAAUACCAAUCCCAACUUCAGUCUCUUCAGGAGUAUCUACAUCCACCCUACCACCAAAGCCUACAGAUUUUACAGUCAUACUUCCAUUUCCACCCCCAAGUUCUACAACUGUCACCUCGCUUGUCACAAUACAGCCAACAAGCAUCACAAGGGUCACAAUGACAAAUAUAUCCACAAAUGUCAUCUCUACUGUGACUGAAAUAUCAACCACACUCUCCCUCUCCAUCACCGCCAUCCUAAACCCAGCCGCAACUUCAGAAAUAGCUGGCCAAUCCUCACUCCUCCGGUCAAAUGCCUCACUCUCGCGUACCAACAUCACUGUCUCGCUCAUCCUCGGCACGCUCUCCCUCCUACUCAUCGCUGUAAUAUUCGCAAUCUUGAUCCUCUACAUACGUCGCCGGAGGAAGCAUUCGGACUCAGAUGACGAAAGUCCACCUUUUACAUCACUUGCUCCUCGACCUGGGCCAAAUUUCACUGCUGGGGGGUUGAACUUCACGGGUAGUGCGUCCGCGCCGAUUUUGCCGCCGAGUCACAUGAGAGAGACUAGUCCGAGCAUGGGUCCAAGGGGUGGUACAGCGGAUAGUAGUAGGAGGGCAUUGGCGGCGGGGUUGACUGUUGGUGCAGCUGCUGGAGCAAUACCAGGUCCAACUGUUAGUACACCCCGGAGAAUGUUCUUUAGGAGUUUAUCGGCGCCCGUCGAGGCUCCUAUGCUGUCCCCUAGGAGACCAGCAUUUAGAUAUUUCACUGCACUUGGCUUGCCAAGUAUGAAUCUUUUUGGGAGACGUCCGAGUGCGACACAUAGUCCAACGCCGAAGGGGAAGAAGAAGGGCCCUAGGAGUAGCGUCGAGACUUCCCCUUCGGAAGCAGCUACGGCUGGUGUUGAUUAUGCCCCUAUAUUUGAGCCUAGACCGAGUAUAGACAGACUUGGGAGCGAUAGACCAGCGUUGGCGAGGCACAGUAGUAUGCCGCUUUAUCAUGAGGCUCUGAGAAGUCAGGCUGAGAUGGAGAGGGAGGCUAGUCGGAGAGCAGAGGCGGACAGGCUGGGAUUACCGGUUAUUGCCGUGCAGAGGAGUGGUGCGAGGUCGGAUAGUUCGGGGAGUAAGAUGUUUGAGGAGAGAGUGGAGAGAGGGUGGAGUGAGGGUAAUGCAGAAACUGGUCAUGCGGUUGAGGAAUUGGCGGAGGAGAGCCGUAGCAGUGGUGAUAUAGAUAUAGAGAUGGACAGGAAGGCUGGGCUAGAUGUUGAGGGUCGGAAUGGUGUUGAUAACGAACGUAGCGGUGUUCUGCAUAGCACCAGAGCUAGUAGUGGGGUAUUUCCCGAGACAGAGAGGGCGCUGUCGGAGAGGAGUGAGAUUGAUGUAUAUAGUUAG